AACACGUGGUCAAACUACCAAUUCUGAGCAGAGGUGCUACCUUGACAUACCAUAUCUUUUUCAUCUUCGAUGUCGAUUUCGGGUAUUCAAGGCCAGCUUCUUGAGGUCACGGUUGUCGGGUGUAAUAAAUUGAAGGAUACAGAAUGGAUUUCUAGGCAGGAUCCGUAUGUCUGCCUAGAAUAUGGCAGCAGCAAAUUUCGUACUAGAACUUGCACUGAUGGUGGAAAAAACCCAACAUUCCAAGAAAAGUUUGUGUUCUCCCUGAUUGAAGGGCUUAGAGAGAUAAGCGUUGCGGUUUGGAAUAGCAAUACCUUGACUUAUGAUGAUUUCAUUGGCAAUGGAAAGAUUCAGUUGCUAAAGGUUCUUUCCCAGGGUUAUGACGAUAGUACUUGGCCACUUCAAACUAAAACUGGCAGAUAUGCAGGGGAAAUACGAGUUAUAAUGCAUUAUUCUAAUGCCAAUCAUGCUGUCACAGUAUCCACUCCAUCAGCUCCUCCAUAUGUAGCAUCUCAGGUUUCUCUACACUCUGCACCCCCACCAGCAUCUGCAGCUUCGUAUCCCCCUCCAGCAUCUGCAGCUUCAUAUCCGCCUUCAGCAUCUUUAGCUUCAUAUCCCCCACCAGCAUCUGCAGCUUCAUAUCCCCCACCAGUGUCCACAACUUCUUAUUCCCAACCAGCAUCAGUUCCAUAUCAUCCACCAGCUACUGCCUACCCUUCUCCAUCCCCAUAUCCUUCAUAUGCUGCAUAUCCACCAUCCCCUUACCCUCCUCAGCCAGUGGCUUAUCCUCCACCUCCUGCACCUUCAGUUUAUCCUCCACCUCCCGCACCUUCAGCUUAUCCCCCACCAUCCUAUCCUCCAUCUUCACCCUACUAUCCUCCAGGUCAUUACCCCCCUGGGCCUUAUCCACCUCGACCUUACUAAGGUGGAGCUCCAAACACGUGAGUGAAGAAAGAAUGCUAGUCUUUCGCCAGGAGAUUUUAGAUUGUCAAAACUUUUUUUUCUGUGUAUGUGUGUUCUGUGUUGUUGAUGUUUUAAUGUAUAUAUCAGUUUUUGCCUAUCAAAAAAAAGGAAAAAAAAUGUAUAUAUCUGUUUCUGAGGUCAUUAAUUCAAUUUUUGGUUUUUGUAUCUCUGUUUUCUUUUCUCCCGUUUUUCCAGUUUUAUCCCCUAAUGCUAAAUACUACAAGAUGUUACGUGCGAGUAUAUAUUGAUGGAGUUUGUUCUUGAAUCUAAUUGUCAUGUAGAACCUUGAAGAGGAUUGAGUUAGAGGCUGGGGUCUCCCUUCUGAGAGAUGGAGUUAUUAUCAUGCGAUAUGGGAGGAAAAGAAGAAAACUUCCUAGUUGCAUGUGAUCAAUUAAGGCCUAAUUGUAUGAAAGUCCCAACUGCUAACAUCAAUGGGUUGUUUCUUAGACACAUACUCUCCAUUUGAUUGUUAAUUCAAAUAUUGUUUGUUAAUAUAGGCAUUUUACGAUUUGGAGCAGCAUGAUCGAGAAAUUUCAUAUCAUGAAUUAAAGGAGGAUGGGAGGAAGAGUCCCUUUUUCCUAUUGCGAUUUAAUUCUUUCAAAUUAUCUCGAUAUUCAGCAAGUGUUGUUGUUGUUGUUGUUCACUUUAGUAGUUUCAGCUUGGUUUGGUUGGAUGGAAUAACUAUUUCUUGCUCAAACAUUAUGCAAUGAAUUACUGAGAUUCUA